AUGGUCACAUCCGCAACUGUUCUUGGUGCUCUCCCUUGUGUCUGGAUUCUACGGAAACAGUUCCAUCGAAAGCAGAUUGGUCCAUCAUCUAUUCAUUCAGAGAAGGAUGUGUCUGAUACAGCAGGCCUGGACGCCUUGUCGAGUGAUCCAGGACUGUUAAGGAAGCACAGCGAAUUUAAAUCGUAUGCUACCGAACGCUACACAUAUCCAUCCAUCAGGACCUUCUACCGACCACAUCCUCAAGGGAGCAAAUUACCUACAAAGCCAACACCGCUACCUUUACUCGUCUUCAUCCAUGGUCUUGGUGGAUCUGUUGCGCAAUUUCAUCCCAUCCUUGUCAGUCUCGUCAAUGUUGCCCCAUGUCUGGCCAUUGAUCUACCAGGCUGCGGUCUUUCAGAAUUCCAGCCAAAUGCGUGGGAUGCAUACACGACCGACUCUCUAGUACGCUUGCUGUCUGUAGCCAUUGAGGCUCAUCGCGAUGCUGCUUCUGAUCAAGAAGUAAUUCUGAUCGGUCACAGCAUGGGAUGCUCUCUUGCUGCCCUGUUAGCCUCUACUACCUCUCAGUAUCACCAUUUGUUAUCCGUUCACGUGAAUGGGGUCAUCGCCAUCUGCCCCUCAGCAAUUCCUCCUGGACCGGAAGAUGUAAAAAGGUUCAAGAUUGGCUUGAGUAUACCUGGCUUUUUGUUUGACAUGUGGAGAAAGUAUGAUCGGCGUGGAGGGACUGAGAGCGGGAGUGUGGCACGCUUUGUUGGUGCAGGUGCCGAGGAAGAGACGAAGAAGCUACAAGUGCGGUUCAAUGAGCAGAGCAAGACACCAGUAUUUCGACGAAUGGCCAGGGGAUGCCUACCCGAUUACUCGUCAGGCACUGCGAAAGGAGGUUUGCCAGGCAGAGAGGUCUGGUCGGGCAUCAGAGUGCCUAUGUUCCUAGCGGCUGGAGAAAACGAUCAUGUCACGCCUCCUGACAAUCUCAAGGCCAUUGCCGAAUAUCUAGGCAAGGCCCCGACUGUGUCCGAGGAGAAGUCGGUGAUGAUUCCUGACGAACUUGCAUCAGUAGAUGUGCCUGCUACGAGAAAAGACUCGAAGAUCCUGAGCAAUAGCCCGAGACUCAACGGGUCAAUCACUCCUUCAGAUGGAACACUCGCUUCUACAACUGACCAGGCGGACUUUGCUGAUAUGUCAAAAAUCAUCUCGCGAUCCGUACUGAAAAGCACGAUUCUCCCGGCUCCAGCUUCUCAUGCACUCCUUUACGCACCAUCUCAUUCUCGAAUAUUGGCUGGAUUAAUUCAGAGCUUCCUUGCCGACCACAUAGACAAGCGAUUGUCUCUAGGUUGGCAAUUGCAGUACUUGACGACCGAAGGCAAAUGGGACGUCAAAAACUUGGAGAAAUGGAAAGCAGUCGCACCUGUGUCUGCCCCCAUAGCAGGUGUCUUUCGCGCAAUGAAGACACUGCGCGAAGUCGACGGAGAGCACUGCCCCAAGGUGUUCGUCGAUAAGUGGGCUGGGAAGAUAAAGGCCAUAGUUGACAUCUCCCACGAGAGUCCUGUCUAUGACCCCAAAGGUCUUGAGGCUGGUGGUAUCGUGUAUCACAAGUUUCCUACUGUAUCCAAAUUACCACCUCAAGUCGAUGAAGUCAAAAGCUUCAUCACGCUCAUAGACCAAAUCCGGUCAACUUCUUCUGAUUCUUCGAGUAUUAUCGCAAACGAUGCAUUGAUUGGCGUUCACUGUCACUAUGGCUUUAAUCGUACUGGGUUCUUCGUUGUGUGUUAUCUAGUUGAGCGUCUUGGGUACAAACUUCAGGAUGCAAUUGACGAGUUUCGGAUCUGUAGACCCCCUGGCAUUCGUCAUGACCACUUUAUUGAUACUCUUCAUGUCCGGUACUGUGUUGGUCUGAGGAGGGCACCGACUUUGUAA